GGUUCAUUGAACACGGGAUAAUAUUUGUUUGUCGGAACAGUGUGAUCUCGGAGGCGUUAAUUCUGAUGUGUUGAAGCGGUAAAAUGUCACUAUACCUGUACAACAUGCUCCUGGUAGAUUCCAUCACUCGCUAACUCUGCGGCGUUAUAUUGAUCACCCUUGCCAUUAUAAGAACACCUACAGUCCUCAGGAGCCGCACUCCCGGCAGACCGGACGGACGCAGCCAAGAUGAUUCGAGCUAUCGGAUUCAGUGUGUUGGUGUACGCCAUUGCCUAUGUUUCGGCAGAAAAGGAAGUAUCUAUCCCGGUCAGUGACAUGUCAGAGGGCACGCGCUGUGACAAAGACCUGGAUGUAGCUGGCAUCUGUUUCCGGUGCUCACGACUUCCGGGAGAUAUUGCUGUGCAACUGACGACAUGCUGUAUGGAAGAUAAAGCUUAUGACGUGUGUCAGCGAUGUGUUGAUAACCCGGAUGCUUGCUUGAUGGACGCAUAUAGCAUGACGGGAUCGGAUGAUGUUGAUUUUUCCAGCGAUGAAAGCAAAGAAAUGGGAGACAUCGAAUACCCCGAAUCUAACGUGGCUAAGAGAUUCGGCACGACCUUCAUGGGGUCAUCUAGGUACGGGUACCCACGAAAACGUUACGGUAUGCUGUUCCUUGGUAAUAAUAGGAACAAGGGAGGCUAUCGGUACGGCUCCCGUGGUAAACGGUAUGGCACGCUAAGUAUGGGAAGUGGAAAAGGCCGGUUGUAUCGAUAUGGAAGCGUCAUCAAACGUGAGGACGAAAGCGACCAGGACACUAUGGACAAACGGUAUGGGACAUUGAACCUUGGAAGUGGACGCGGUCUUAGGUACAGGUACGGUCGUUAUGGCAAGCGAUCAGACGAAAACCAGGAUGAUGAGUCUUUCGUUGACGAUGGUGAGGAGGAACAAGUCGAAAAGAGAUAUGGUACAUUGUUCAUGUCACGGAAUGGUGGGCGAAAGCGUUACGGAUCUUUGUUUAUGGGGAAAUCCAAGGGCUGGUAAAGCUGAGAUAAAUACACAACAGUGUUUAUAUUUGAAAACAUACUUGUGAAUGUUUAAAAGCUGGAAUAUGUAUAUCACAGAUUUGGUUUGUACAAUAUGUGUAGAGUUUUAAAAUCCAACUGAAAGGAAGUACAAAAUCAUUUUGGUGUGUUAAGCUCUACCGCUAAUCAGUGUAAAAUUACUUCCUAAGGAAAGUCAUAUGUUGUUCUGGAAGUUAAACAAUGAUAUGCAGCUACGUUCAAAUCGCUUUGCAUCACUGCCUGUGACCCACCCGACCCUGUGUUCUUAUGAUGUGUACUUUUUGUAUCUUUCCAACUCCUGACCCUUCCAGUUAGAGUCUCUCUUGUCCUUCCAGUUAGAGUCUCUCUUGUCCUUCCAACUCCUGGCCCUUCCAGUUAGAGUCUCUCUUGUCCUUCCAACUCCUCGUCCUUCCAGUUAGUGCUCCUCUUGUCCUUCCAACUCCUGGUCCUUCCAGUUAGUGUCUCUCUUGUCCUUCCAGUUAGUGCUCCUCUUGUCCUUCCAACUCCUCGUCCUUCCAGUUAGUGCUCCUCUUGUCCUUCCAACUCCUGGUCCUUCCAGUUAGUGUCUCUCUUGUCCUUCCAGUUAGUGCUCCUCUUGUCCUUCCAACUGCUCGUCC